GUGUACUACGGCAACACCCUGCACCCGGAUCAGCUAAAGGCGUCCGGCGGCGUGCACGGCGGCUCCGCCAGCACCACCCUGGGCUCGGCGCCGCCGUCCUCGCACAUCCCCGGCUCCGCGCCCGGCCCGCCCGGCGCCAACCAGCGGGUCAUGGUCCGCAGGGUCACCAGGAGAUACUCCUCGCCGGACAGUGACGACACGCUCCCAGGCGAGGACCAGGAGGAGGACUUCUCCGGCAGGGACGACCAGUUCCUCGUCUCCGACCGGAGCGAGAACAAGUUCUACGGUUCGGUGCACGGUGCGUCCAGCCACUCGGGCACGGGGCCCAUGGCUGGCGUGCAGGCGGCCGUGGGGCCCAGCCUGGGCUACCUCAGCCGCCGGCUGCAGACCUUCACCUACCUGUGCCCCGCCAUCUUCCCGUGGGUAGACAACGGCCCGGCCACCGAGGAGUCCGGCAUGUUCGUCAUGAAGAUGGUGGGCGUCCUGUACGUGCUCAUCCUCAUCUUCGACCUCAUCGUGGUGUGCGCCACCAACAGCGCGUCUGGCGCCACCACCUUCUUCCUCGUCGUCUUCUUCCUCGCCAUUAUGGUCGUCUUAUUAAUCAUCUCGAGAAAGCCGCAAAACAGAAAAACUUUACUCUUUAUGACGCCGGGGCUUCCGUUCGUUCCGGCCAUCGCAGUGACAGUAAAUGUGUAUCUAAUCUUCAAGCUCUCCAUUCUGACACUCGUCCGGUUCUGCGUCUGGAUGACACUAGGCUUUGCCAUGUACUUCAUGUACGGCAUCAAGAACAGCUCUUUGGAGGAGGCGGCCCAGGACGGCGACGAACCGAGCAUCGAGCUGUCCGUCACCAACGACAUCCGGGCGGCCGCCAGCUCCAGCACAAGCCCUGCCCCGGCUGCGGCGCCGCCGUCCAAGCGGCCAGCGCCUUCGGGGGCGCCCGCCUCCGCCCCUGCCGCGUCCUCGAGCUCGGCAAGUCGCCCGCCGCCCCCGAGCAGGGCACCGACAAGGCCACCAGCCCCUCUCACGACGCAGCAGUCGCAGUCCGGGCCCCUCUUCAUGCCCUCGACGGCCUUCCCGACCUGGGACGACUAGGAGGCAAGGCCACAGCGCACCAGCGGCAGGGGGGGAUCUUGAGUUUGAACAGGUUCGGAGGGGAACCUGGACGAGGGAAGACUUGAAUGUGAGUGCCUGGUGGGAAUGCGCGGUUUGUUUUCGAGUCCCUAUGAAGCAACCUUAUUUUAUGUUAUUUGUUUCUGAAAAAACAAACACUUUUUCCUCUUUAGCAGAUAACAAUGAAUACAUUUGAGGUUCACACAAAUCAAUCUGUUGCUUCCAUAUGUGUGGUAAAGAAAUCAUACUAUUGCACCUGUAAACAGACCAUGUCAUACCAUUCGAUGACACUCUAGUCUGAAAUAAAGUCUGCAAACACUUGAACUGCCUUCAGUUGCUUAACAGUUGGAUUUGAACUGAUUGACAAGAACAUAUCACUAAUUUUAAUGAGGGACUCAUUUGUGAUGUAGCAGAAAAAAAGAGAAACUAAAUUCAUUAGAGGAAAAGUUUUUAUUUUGUAAAGUUGAUUUUACUUCUUCCAGAUAUAUUUUGCUGAAACUCUGAAACCUUAGUGUUGGUGAUGGAGAAAGUUUCC